GGUGCCAGUCGAUGCACAGACGGGGGAUUUCAAGCUGAGGCCGCGCUGCACCCACUCCUCGUCCUCUUGGGUUCGAUUCUGAUGACGGACAUGGCAAAAGGGAAGAAACACUUGCAGAGAACCGACGUGAAGCCCGAGGACAGCGUCGAGCAGCAGGUCGCUUCAGGGGAGGGGACAAAAGAAAACAAACCAGCUGCGAACAACAAGGAUUCUGUAGGUAGAGUUCCGUCAAUUUUCCGGAGUCCUAGCAAACCUCGAUCCCCCCUGAGCGACAGUUCAAGCAUGCUGAUCCAGGAGGGCAAUGAAUCUGAUGCAGCUACUCCUGAUGUGUCAAAGCUGAAAAAAGACGUACCGAAAGAAGGGAAAUGUGAGAGUUUUGAGUCCAAAGAGCAGAAGCCAGAAAUUCCUUCUCUCAGUCAUGGGAUCAGAGAGCAGCCCGCGGUCCAACCUGAUCAGAAAGAGCCAACACCGCACACAAAUCAGGUCAGGUCUGCAGCAGACGGCAAAGGUUCAGCAGCCAAACCUCGGAGUCGAGCCGGUCACAAACUCGGAGGAAAGAAAACGGAAAACAAAGCUCCUCAAAACAGAAAGGUCACCGACUAUUUCCCCAUCAGACGAAGUAACAGAAAAACUAAAGCAGAGUUAAAGAGUGAAGAACACAGAUACAUUGAUGACCUGAUAACGAACGGCACUGAGGAAGGAAUGCAGGUCAAACACAUAGAAGGAAAAGGAAGAGGAGUAUUUGCUGUCAGGAGCUUCAAAAAAGCAGAGUUUGUUGUGGAGUACCAUGGAGACCUGCUGGAACUGGCUGAUGCUAAACUGAGAGAGGCCCAGUAUGCUCUGGAUCCCCAAACGGGCUGUUACAUGUACUACUUCCAGUACCAAUGCAAAACUUACUGUGUUGACGGUACAAAGGAAACAAGUCGUCUUGGAAGACUAAUUAACCACAGUAAAGCCGGAAACUGCCAGACUAAGCUUCACGACAUCGAUGGAACACCCCAUCUGAUCCUGGUGGCUUCCAGAGACAUCAAGGCCGAGGAGGAGCUGCUGUACGACUACGGUGAUCGGAGUAAAGCCGCCAUCUCGGCUCACCCGUGGCUCAAAAACUGAAAGUUUGACCACAAGAUUUUGUAUUUGAGAUGAAUUGGUGCUCCCUGCCGUCCUGUUGGGUCUUUUUGUAAAAGAUGCUACAGACGAGCGGCCCUCACAUGCUUUUUUAUUAAGUAUAAAAAAAGGAUUUUGUUUUAAUUGGAGGCUGAAGCUUCAACGUAUGAAACAUGUAUUUUUGCAACGACCGUUUUUAAUCAACGUUUUAUAUUUUUCUUAUCUAACUGUAGCAGAGAGGUUUAAGCUUCAAGAGUAUUUCUCCUGGAUAAGUAGCAGAUCCUUUUGUAAUGAAUAUAAUUCUGACUUCAAUUCUGCAAUUGUAAAUUAUUAC